UCGAAUUCCCCAGGAGCCAAAAUACGGACACAUGUGGUAUAUAUAUAAAACGGAACGGUGCAUGCUUUCAUGAGCGGUGGUAUCCAGACUGUCGUUCGUGACGGUCGACGGAUGUCCCGGCAACCCAACGGUAAUGGGAUGUUGAACUCCACUGCCCUCCAGGGCGCAAGUAUGGCUUUCAAUGCCCGUUCACCGAAUCGCGGGGCUCCAUCGAGUGUCCAGAGCUCAAGAGAUGCGAUGCGAGCCCCUACGAAACCCGGUCCGCCCCGUUCUACGCAACAUGGAGACGAGCCUGACCCCGUAUCCGAGAUGCCGGAAUCUGGUCUUGUUAUGGAUAGAAUAAAAGCUUUCUCUGGGAAUACUGCCUCACAAUCCAGUCUCAGGAGUCGAGCAGGCUCCGAUGUCUCUGGACGGGAUACUCCUCAAAUGCAAGCUGCACAAUUGGCAGCUUUGAGGUCAUCGGCUCGAACACCCCAGACUGUUCCUUCUUCUACAUCUGUCUCACCCAUUCGAAGAGCGGUGACUGGCAACACUUCUUCGAGGAAGAAAGCUAUCUCGCCAGCACCCAAGCCCGAAUUCUUGUCUGCUCAAAACUUUAGAUCAGUCCAUGCGCCAACCCCUAUCCGCAAGAGCCCAACUGUCGCGCGUUCGUUGGCGAACAGCUUGGAUGGAGAAAGAGCGAGCCUAACCGGUAGGCCCGGUACUGAUCUGCAGUCUAGAAAAUCACAGUCGCCGGUUAAGUCAACAGAAGCACGCCACCCGAAAGUUGAGGAGGCUAUUCAUUCGUCAGCCGAACGAGCCUCAGCAUCUCCUCCCAAAACAAUCAAAUCUAAACCAGAACGACCUGCUGCCAAACCAAAGCUCGUUCAGCCAGUAAGCGACGACAGAAAACUACAGUCUGAACCUUACAAGAAGCCUCCAUCGCGCGUAGGCGAUGAUGAUACUCGCGCAAAGAAGUCUCAGACCUCGGAAAAUAGGAACGAGGGAACUCGUACAAGAAGUCAGUCAGAGGCUGUUGAUACAAUCUCUUCAUACACCCAUUCAGUAACCGAUGACGCAAGAAGCUCCAGCAGUCAUUACACUACGCCGAGUCGUCAUCACACUGGUAAUGCAAAUGCACUGCAGGGUAUGACAAAAGAAGCUUUGGCGGAUGCAAUCGUUGCUUCUUCGUUAGCCUCAUCUCGUGUAUCGUCGCCAUACACCGCUCCCCCGCCUCUUCCCCCACCACGUCGAUCGCGAUCGCGCUCUAUCUUGCAUCCUGGAGAUAUACUGAGAAAAGACAGCCGCACGACUCCUAGUCCGCCUAAGGGACUACGGCAAACUCUAAGAGAUCCUCCCAAAUCCGAUGCCGAGGAUAACAAGAGCCGUGGCCGACGUCAUUUGAUUAGACAUCAUCCUCAUAAGCACCACGAAGGUGACCGCAAGCGAUGGCGCCAACAAGUUAGCGAAGCAGCACGUAAGCGAUACGAAGGAGUGUGGGCCGCGAACAAGGGACUGUGGGUACCCCCAGAGCCUGUAAUCUAUCGAAUCUUUCCUGAUCUACCACGCACACUGGUUUCGUCCGAUCUAGUAGUGAACCUUGUUGUGCGCGAUAUAUGGUCGCGUAGUCGCGUACCACUCCACACCUUGGAACUGAUUUGGAAUCUAGUCGACCGUACGGAAAUUGGCAUGCUCUCACGGGAAGAGUUUGUGGUUGGCCUAUGGCUUAUUGACGAGAUUCUUAAAGGCCACAAGCUCCCCGUUAAGGUACCCGACAGCGUCUGGGAAUCUGUCCGUCACCUGCCUGGAAUAAAGAUUCCACAAGAGUUUGGGUAGUUGGUGAACCCAUGCAUACUAUUUGUCUAUACGCUUGUACAUAGAGUUCGAUAGGUGGACAUUCUCGUUCAAUCCUAUUUAUACGUACUAUGGACAUGAUUACUCCG